AUGAGCAUCCUGCUGCUGCUCACCACCCUGCUGCUCUCAGCCUGCCAGGGCCGCUCAGCUACCCGGCUGCCACCCACUGCCAACUUCCUGAUGGAGAACAUCAGCCUGCUGAGCCAGCUCCUCCAGACACAGGGUUCCUGUGACGAGAUGAGCGUGACAGACGUCUUUGCAGGUGCUGAGACAGGUGAUGAUGUGGAGGUGCUGUGCAAAGCUGCUGCUGUGCUAGGGGAGAGCCACAGCUGCCACAGCUACCUGGAGGGCAUCUACUCCAACUUGCUCACACUGGUCCAAAGGAAGAACACAGGCCACAAGGCAGCCUGUCCCGUGGCAGGAGCCACCACUACUUCCCUGAAGGAGUUCCUGAGGGCUCUACACAGAGUCCACCAACGCCUAAUGAAAACCAGGAGCUGGGAGUGA